CGAGUGUCUACUGGAUGUUGAUAGUCUAGAGUGGGAGAGAGACGGUAUUGCGGCCACGACAGUAAAGGAGGCCCUGAAAGACGAACCUUGAACUCACUUUCUUAAAUUAUAUCAUUUCGCCAACUCCAAGUGGUCCCCUGCGCUUCCAAUCUGCACCACGUUGGCGCCAGAUCAAGCCUUCAAGAGGGGUUCUUUCGUUGUGAGCGCGGUUGAUAUAACGAUCAAUGGACCGUUCUGUCGCCGACUCUUGCCUCCUCUAUUCCUCCCCGUCCUCGUGUAUGUCACCGUCGUAUAUUCCUCCGGGACGUACGAUACGAUAAUAACCAAACGGGCUCUCCCAACAGAGUCUCCGUCCUGCUCGUCCCGUUGCUUCCCGACAGCUAGCCAACGCCCACGAGACGCCCUGCGAGCAGCAACAAUGUUUCCGAAAUCCAGCGCGAAAGGGGUGAAGGGAGGAGCCUUCGGCGGCUUUGCGACCUCCUCUACCACUCUCUCAUACCUCACUCCCCCGCCCGACUUUUCCAGCAUUCCGCAAGAGGUGGUGGUGCCUUUUAAGAAUCUGUUGAAGAAGGACAGCACAACAAAAGAGAAGGCGCUCCAGGAUAUCCUUGCGCAUAUCCAAGGUCUUGGGCCCGAUGGCCAAACAUUCGAUGAGCCAGUAAUAGACGCUUAUGUCGACCUGUAUCCCAGGCUAUCGAUCGACGACUCCGCCCGGGUCCGUGAGCUCUCCCACCAGCUUCUCUUCCACCUCCUCAAUACGGCGAAAAAGCGCAUGGCGAAGCGCCUUCCCGCCUUUGUCGGGGCGUGGCUUGCUGGGACGUUUGACAGAGAUAAGCGCGUCGCACGGGCUGCCAGUGAUGCGUUAGCCUCAUUCUUACUGACGCCAGAGAAGGAGGAAGCGUUCUGGAAGGCCGUGCAAACCCGCGCGCUCGACUUCGCGAUCGAGGCGAUCCAGGAGACACCAGACACCCUCAGCGACGAGCGAUCAACAACGAAAGAAGACUCGCAGGCGAAGUACCACCGGGUUAUUGGUGCGAGCUUGUCCCUGGUCUUGAAUCUUGUGAACAAAGGGGACAUUGGGGUUCUCUCGGAUGGCUUGGACCGCUAUCUUGGGGUAGACGCAAUAUGGACCAUGUCGAAAGCUGACGAUUGGUUUGUGAGGAAGGCACUCUACCGAUUCCUGAAUUCCAUUCUUGAUGUCCAGCCCGUGAUGCUACAACCAAGACUGCAACAGGUUGGCAAAGCUCUUGUUGCGGACGGCUUGAGGAGCAGCCAGACCGGCUCAGCAACGGACCUGCUGAAGGUUUUGGCGUCUCUAACAAGACACUUCCCGCAGGUGUGGGGCACUCAGAAGCAUCCGCUGCAGCGGCUACACACGUUUGUUUCCCAAGGUUCUCAGAGCGGUGCGGAGGAGUACUGGCGGGCUCUGGAUGAGCUACUCCAAACGCUUCCGGACAAAGCACCAUCGGUCGAGGUCGUGUCGAACUUCCUUGGUGCCAUGCGCAAAGGGAUUGCCGAGAGACUCGAACUACAGACCGGUCGGCAUCAAGCAUUGCAGUCUUACGCACGGGUAUUCCAGCUCUUCCUCGGCCACGUUCCCCUGAAUACAAUAUUCCUCGAGGAGAACCUCAGCAGCAUCACACGGCAGUAUCUCCACCCCAAUCCCGAAUUACCGCUGCCGUCACCACAGCGACCUGAAUCCCUUGCAGAAGCCUGGAUGACCGUGGCUAAACAUUCGACGGAUGAGACUCGAGAAGCGGUGGCCGAAGAAUGGCAGAAGCUGGGAAGCGCAUUCCUUGUGCGAAUGUCCAACUCUCUGCCCGAGGUUUCUGAAGGCUACAAGAAGUCGCAAAACGCGAUUGCCUCGGAAGGAGAGCGUUGGUUUGCCUUCGUGGCAAAUGCACUCUCGCGGGAAGGUGACGGAGGCUCGUCACUAAUAAGGGUGAUCACAGCAUCAUCGAGGGAGGUCUUGGCAGGGGCGCUCGAUCUUCUGAGCAAGAGGAACUUUAAGCCGUUCGGUGCAGCCUCUGUUAUCCGAUCAGCGCUCAGACACUAUCCUGCGCUCUGCUCUGAUAUGAGCUUGCUUGGAUCACUGUUCCCGGCUGACGGAACGGAAGAAUAUGCGGUUAUCGUUGCAUCCCCGUCGCUCCCCUACCUUGUCUCUGACCUCAACACGAUAGUCGGUGAAGCGGAAGGGCGCUUCAGAGACAUCUGGACGUCACUCACUGAGGCAGCCCUUCGGCUCUCGGAUCGCCAGUUGGCUGUUUCGGCAAUCAGGGCGCUCAUAGGAAUCCCUUCCGUUGCGACAUAUGCGCAGCAACUUGCGCCUUUACAGGCCUUCCUCAAUUCAUGUUGGCAGCAGUAUACGGGCGGUGGUGAUGCUUCUGGCUUGAAAGAUAUUUGCAAGGCGUCUCUGGCCUAUGACAUUCUGAGUGAGGACACCGCAAAAGCCACUGCAGUCGAGAUCGUUUCCAGCCUUGAGGUGCCAGAAGCAUACCAGUCAGCCCUUGCGGCUUUGGAGCUUACUUUACACGAGAAGCCCAAAUUCUUAUCGACAAACGAUGAGCUGCACGUGCGGCUCGUUGCAGCGCUCCUCGCCCUUACCGAGCUGUCAGAUACGGGUCUGUCUGAGAAGGCAAGAAGUGUGAGAUCGCUACUCGACAAGCAGCCAGCCGGGCGGAAUCCUAUCGCCAGCAUCAUCGAGAACCACCUUGGUGAGGCCAGCUCAUCUUCUCUUGAAGUCGACACCUUGCUUCAGCAAGCCCUGUCGGUUCUCAGCUCGGGCGCUGCGCCGGCUGAGGAUAUCUUCCCCAGCUCAACAAUAUGGAUGAACGAGCUCUCCGGCUUUCUCACGCGUGCCCCGAGUCCGUCGCUGUCCAUUGCAUUCGGCGUGGAGGGCGCAUACUUCCUGGUAAAGGGGCAUCCGAAUGCCGAAAGGCAACCCCCAAGCCGAGAUAGCCGCGGACGCUCUAUUCCUGCCAGGAUGGCUCUCUUCACUGCCAAGCUGCUCUCUUCUGGUGUUCAGCUCUCCUCUCUACCGCCAGAGUUCCAGUUGGAACUUGUUUACCUUCUCUGCCUCACCGACGCUCUCACUGAAGACCAGCUCACCGUACCCCAAGCUGACGGCUUGUGGGGCAAUGACCCCGAGGACGAGGCAGAAGCUCAGGAGUUCCGCGACCUCAGCCGGAAAGCUGUUGACAACGUUGUGUUAGGCUGCGGAAGCUGGGUGGACUGGGAUAUGUCUGGCGAUUCCCUGGUCGAGCGGCUUAUAAACUUCAUGCUCGGCGAAGCGGUUGGCUUCAGUCCUGGCGCUUUCUACACCGCCAAGUCUCUGAGCUUCCUCUUCGGACGCCUAAUCGGGAUUCACGGCAAGGCGCCUUCCAAGCUGGAGGAGUGGCUAGGGAGGCUGGGUAUCAUGAAGCUGGCGCCGAACACUCUGUUCAUCACCGCUGCGUUCGUGACUGGGAUUCGAGAGCCCCUCACAUCAUCGAAAGCCUUUUCGACACUCGUCAAUCGCCUUGUCAGCGAGGUGCCUGGCAUUCCCGGCUCUCUCGAUGGAUCUUUCCGAGCCCUUCCUUCCCUGGUUCUCCUCAACAUUUGCAUGGAUGUGUAUGACCACGAUGUAGGCGUACCCGUCGAGACCCGGAAGCAGGUGCUCGCCCUGCAGCAGUUCACAAGAUGGAUGGAUAGCCCGGAAGACCUGGGCUAUCAAACCGCUACCGAGAUUUGUAGAGCAAUCAAGAGGAUGCUCCCGGGCGUGAAAGAGACCUACGGCCCGUACUGGGAGAAAACAGUCGAGUACUGCAUCUGGCUAUGGAAGAAGGCCGCCAACGACAGACCGGAGGAGCGGCUGCCGUACGUCUAUGCUUCGUUGGAGCUGUACCGGGCACUUUGCAACCAUGCAGACGCCAACGACGACCUCGAUGACGCUCUAGCAACCCAUGCCAAGGCGACAUCAUCAGCGCUGGUUGGGCUUCUCGGUAUCCCGCGCGAAGCAACUGCAGAUGUGCCGAGCCAAAUCACUGAUCGUCUUCUUGAACGGCUUGUGAGCAGGAUGCCUAGCAUGAAGCUUGAUGAGUUAAGAGACAUCUUUGAGCCAGUCGCGUCGGAGUCCCGUGAGAUACAGAAGGCCGCGUUUGGCCUGCUCCACAAGGCUUUGCCUACCGCCCAAGAGGACAUCAACCUCGCGGUGGUGAUGGACAAGAAGGCUGCCAACCUUCCGGAUGAACUGCUCUCGCUGCUCCUGAAUGCGCCAAACCCGGAUGAGUACACUGACGAAGAACUAUCACAAUUUCCCGUCGCAAUCCGCUCAUACUUGCUUGCUUGGCAUCUCGUAUUCGAUGCCUACAGUACGGCGUCCUUCCGGGUUCGCAACGACUACACGGACAGGCUAAAAAGCGGAAAACAUCUCGACCCGUUGCUUCGGUUCUUAGUCGACGUUCUCGGACAUGCUCUCGCGAGGCCGCUCGACCUCGAUAAGGAAGGGUUUAAAGCAGAAGAAAUCUGUUCCUACAACAUCGACACCGCCGAGUUUGAACCACCGGAGAGAGACAUGAACUGGUUGCUGAUACACCUUUUCUACCUGACCCUCAAAUACAUCCCAGGCCUGUUCAAAAUGUGGUACUUGGACUGUCCUUCCAAGCAAACGAAGAACUCGAUGCAGUCCUGGAUGCAAAAGUACUUCUCGCCGCUCAUCAUCUCUGAUGCCCUGGACGAGGUCGUCGAGUGGGCCUCCAACCAGGAGAAGAUAGAUGCCGACACACAAGAGAUUGUCGUUAGGGUUAGCAAGACGAUGCACGAGAUCACGGCAGGCUAUCCGAUCGACGACGACGUCGCCACCAUCUCCCUGCACGUGCCGAAGUCCUACCCGCUGGAUCCGGUGGACGUUGUCAGCGUCAAGCGGGUGGCUGUCAAGGAGGACAGAUGGCAGUCGUGGAUGAAGGCGAUCAAGGCCGUGAUCAUGUUCGGAAACUGCAGUCUCGUGGACGGCCUGACGGCCUUCCGGCGCAACAUCUCGCUGGCGAUGAAGGGCCAGGAGGAGUGCGCCAUCUGCUACUCGAUCAUCGCGCCGGACAGGACGCUGCCGGACAAGAAGUGUGGCACGUGCAGCCACUACUUCCACAGGGUGUGUCUCUACAAGUGGUUCCAGAACAGCGGGCGGAACACGUGCCCGCUGUGCCGGAAUGCGAUUGAUUACCUGGGCUCGGAUACGAAGAGAAGGCGGCCGGAGCAUGAGUGAGAGGAAAGAAAAGAAACCUGUAGGCUGGGUUCGGGGGGGGGAGAAUGUCAGCAUAACGAGGUUGCCUUGGGUAUGUAUAUACAAUACAUAUAUGCUCAUUGCAUAUGCGCUUGGCCCGAUGUUCAAUGCAUGGAUAUCGAGCGAGGACUUAACUCAGUGCGGCAACAUGAAAUUGCAUACGCUCCCUCUCGUGGAGUUGUUCUAGUUG